UGCCGAUCGCUCUCUCGGUCUCCCUCUCUCUCUCCGCCCGCUUUCGCUUGUCACCUGCGCCGGAGGGGGCGAUGGAUCGCGCCUGGCCCUCCGAUCCCCCGGCGGCCUCCGCCGCGCUAAGGGACGGGCUCCUGCCGUCGCCUAAGCCCCCGACGAAGAAGCAGGCGGUGAAGCGGCACUACCACAAGCACAACCUCCGGCAUCGCUACGAGUUCCUGGAAACCCUGGGCAAAGGCACCUACGGCAAGGUGAAGAAGGCGCGGGAGAGAACCGGCAAGCUGGUUGCCAUCAAAUCUAUCCGGAAAGACAAAAUAAAGGAUGAGCAGGAUCUUGUCCAUAUCCGGAGAGAGAUUGAAAUCAUGUCGUCCCUCAAUCACCCCCACAUCAUUGCUGUCCAUGAAGUAUUUGAAAACAGCAGCAAGAUCGUCAUUGUGAUGGAGUAUGCCAGCAAGGGAGACCUCUACGACUACAUCAGUGAGCGCCAGAGAUUAACUGAGCAGGAAGCCCGGCACUUCUUCAGGCAGGUGGUGUCCGCUAUCUACUACUGUCACAAGAAUGGAAUUGUUCAUAGAGAUCUGAAGCUUGAAAACAUCCUUCUGGAUGCUAACGGCAACAUCAAGAUUGCAGACUUUGGCCUCUCCAAUGUCUUCCAACAAGACAGGUUCCUCCAGACCUUCUGUGGGAGCCCCCUCUAUGCAUCCCCCGAGAUCGUCAAUGGAAGACCUUACAAAGGACCUGAGGUUGACAGCUGGUCCCUUGGAGUGCUCCUCUAUAUUUUGAUUCAUGGCGCAAUGCCUUUUGAUGGUCAAGACUACAAGACUCUGGUCAAGCAAAUCUCAAGCGGUGACUAUAGAGAGCCCACCAAGCUAUCAGAGGCUUGCGGCUUAAUCCGGUGGAUGCUGAUGGUGAACCCAGAGCGCCGAGCCACCAUCGAAGAUAUCGCCAGUCACUGGUGGGUGAACUGGGGCUACAAGGUGCCCAUUGGGGAGCAGGAGUCCUUGCGUGAGAAUGAAUCUCCAUUGGCCACCGUGGCAGAGUGGCUGCGCCGCUCCUCCAGGCCCCUCUUUGAGAAUGGCUCCAAGGUCCGCUGCUUCUUCAAGCAGCACAUCCCUGGCGUCACGCUGGAGAGGCAGCGCUCACUGAAGAAGUCUAAGAAGGAGAAUGACGUCUCCCACGCUCUGCAGGAGACAGGACCCGUUCCUGAGAACCCAUCCAAAUCUAUCCUCAAGAGACCCAAAGGCAUCUUGAAGAAGAGGAAUUCCUGUGAGAAGACCCAGGCUCCACCUCCCCCUCCUCCUCUAGUGAUGUCGCCUCCUGUGGACAUGCGGAAGGAGGGCAAUACUGGAACUGCCCUUGACUUGACUUGCGUCUUGUCAUCCAAGGCUUUGAACUGCAAGAACGAAGAUGUUUCAGCCACCCCUACCGCACCCAAGAAGGGAAUCCUGAAGAAGCCCCCAAAGAGAGAGUCUGGCUACUACUCCUCCCCAGAGCGCAGUGAAUCGGUGGAUGUCUUGGACUCUAGCAUGGACCUCGAUGCCAACGUCUUUGCUGACGAUGCCUCCUCCGCAUCCUCAUCUCAGAGCUCCAGUUACGACCAUCACACCAGGAGGAAAGGCAUCUUGAAGCACAAUGGCAAGUACUCUUCCAGCAGCACCGAGUCCGACAGCGUGCCUGCCAAGGUCUUCUCCCCUUUUGCUGAAGUCGCUUUGCCCAAGCUGCCCCUUACCUGCCGUAGUCGCCCAUCCAGUGCGGUGAGCGAGGACAGUAUCCUUUCCACAGAGUCCUUUGACCAGCUUGACUUGCCUGAUCGGAUGCUUGGGAGUGGAGGCAUCCCAAUGCGAGCAUCCGUCUCUGCGGAUGACCUCCUGCAGCUGGAGGAGGAGGGAGAGGCGGGAGGUCGGCGGCUCCGCCGCUGGACAGUGACUCGUUGCCAAAACCCUCUGGCAGAUAGCUGCUUCUCCCUGGUGGACUGCGAUAACGUCACUGAGGUCUACAAGCGGGCUGUGGCCAUCAGCAUGAAACUCAGCUGAGGGGGCCAUGGGAAGACUUUGCGCUAAUCAAUGCACACAUCCGCAGUGAUGUCUCGCAGCGGCUCUGGCUCGGAAGGAACAGAGUUGUCCAAACAAUUUGCACUUCCUUUUGAGGUGGGACGAGAGAACUUUCCUCAGACUUUGUCUUCUCCUCCCCUGACAGGGUUAGAAGUGCUACCAGCUAGAAGUAUUUAUUUGUUGCAUACGCUUUGGAAUGUAAAGAGAACACUCAAGGUUUUAACAAUGGCUUGUACUGGUACAACAGGGUACUGGAGUGUGUUUGGAGGGAGAAGAAUGUAUGUUGGUAGGAAGUUUGUGGAUGUGGGAUGGAUCUGUAAGGGCAGUGUAGUGGGGCUGGAGUAUUAGGGGAGAAACAAGUGCAGGGCAAAUCAACCUCUGCCUUCUCACAGUGAGUUGAAAUCCUAAAUGGUGGAGACCUGUAACAUUCCCUUGAACACUUUCAUCUCUCCAAACAGACCCUGAUGAUCAUCUCUGAUCUUAGUGACUGGGAUGGUUAUUUUAUUUGCACUGUGCUUCUUUAAUUGCACAAAGAUCAUAACGGAGGUAGAAACUCCUCUGAAGGGGAACAGUGAUGUGGCAAGGCAAUAGGAAAGGAAUAGCUCUUGAGCUGGA